AUGGCCGAACCUGCGGCAUCCUCAGCUCCCACAGCAAAGAUCACACUGCAUUGGCUCGAAUCGUCCCGCGCGCACCGCAUUCUAUGGCUACUCGAAGAACUACAGGUCCCCUACGAGCUCAAGACCUACAGACGGCAGAAGAGCAUGCUGGCCGACCCCAAACUGAAAGAGGUGCACCCCUUGGGAAAGUCGCCUAUCAUGGAGAUCGAGUCCCCGGCCACCUCGAAACGGCUUGUCCUUGCCGAGUCGGGUGCAAUCGUGGAAUACCUCACAGAUCACUGGGGAAAGUGGCUGAUCCCGAAGCGGUAUCAAGAGGGAAAGGAGGACCAGGUUGGGGGUGAGACCGAGAGUUGGUUGCGGCAUAGGUUUUAUAUGCAUUAUGCGGAGGGCAGCUUGAUGCCGUUGAAUGUCAUUGAACUCGUGUUGCGAAACAUCAAGAACGCUCCUGUCCCCUUCUUCAUCCGUCCCAUAACGAACAGCAUCGCCAACAGAAUCGAAACAGCCUUCCUCGAGAAAGAGUUCGAGCUUCACUAUCAGUUCCUGGAAGACCAGUUAGCAAAUUCGCCAGACGGAGGUGAAUAUCUCUGCGGUAACGAGAUCACCGGUGCAGAUAUCUUGACGAGCUUUCCCGUCGAGAUGGGAAACCACCGGAGCGACAUCAAGCAGGAACAGUUUCCCAAGGUCUUUGCGUAUGUGGAGAGGCUGUAUCAGCGGGAGGCGUAUAAGAGGGCCACAGAGAAGAUCAUCCAAGUUGAGGGUCGCUUCAAGAUGACGUUUUAA